CAUGGCUGCCGCCGCCGCCUAUCUCGCGUCUCUCUACUGUUUUCGUUUCUAAGACUUCGUUAUCCGAUCUUCGUCUGAGCCGAAAGUGAUCAUUCGACCAUCAUGCCAUCUGUGGGUGAGCAUUGCGACGUGAGUGGUGCCCGUGGUGAAGACGGGAGCGCUGUGAGAUCUCCUCAAGAGCCUCAACUCGUGAAUGGGAACGUGAAGGAACAGCAUUCGGCCCAGGCCAUCAGACAGGAGGAAAUGGAUGGAAUGAUUGAUUGCGACCUGAGCGCGUGGGGUGCAGGCAUGGCAAUAGCAUCCUGGGAAGAGGCCUGCGCGGACACCAUUCCCAUGUUUCCGCAUUGGAUGUCACGCUUGGCUACAGAGUUCAGUGCGGGCGACCCGCGGAUAUCCGAACCGCCGCAACCUCAUAAUCGUAUGGUGUUGAGCAAGCUCUCAUGCAUAGCCCACCGAUGA